CGGCACUUCCGGUUCGCCCUUAGCUUGACGCCGCAGGUUCCCUCCUGGCUUCGUGGCUCCUUUAACCGACCGGCCGACGUUUAUUCCCCCCCUACCGUCGGUUCCGCGGACCGCAGACCUGCAGGCAAAUGUCCCGUUUAUCGGCGGCCCUCGCAGCGGGGCUACUGCUCAGCCUGGAGGCCUCGGGGAAAACCGUGAGAGGACUCUUCAGGAGCGAGGCGGCGAGGCAGCAACAUGGCCAGUUCAUCACCAAAUUCAUGUACCAAGGUAGGAACGGUCUGCUGGCGUGCCGGCUGGACAAUCCGGCGCUGGCCGUGGAGAAGGAGGCCAGGCUGCUGCUGUACCGGGACAUGGAGCCGGACCUGGACAACCUGAGCUGCUCCCAGCGACUCGGCAAAGCCCAGAUCGCCGUUCCCCUCAGCCAGGAGGAACGCAACCAGACCAUCCCCCUGCAGCCGUCGCCUACAGCCUGGCAGGUCCUGUACGCCGACCGAUACACGUGUGAGGAGAGCUCGGCGACUCCAUCCUACGCCGACCUCGGCUUCACGCUCCUGCUCUUCAACCCGGACUCCGCCGGGAACCCGCUGGAUCACUUCAGCGCAGAGGAAGCAGGGCUGCACAGUUUCUACUUCCUGCUGCUGCUGGCCUACUUCGUCGCCUGCUGCAUCUACGUCCAGCCUCUGCACCAGGCGCUGAGGAAAGGGGGGCCCAUGCACACCGUCCUCAAGGUGCUGACCACGGCGCUGGCUCUGCAGGGCUGCUCCGCCCUCUGCAACUACAUCCACCUGGCCAGGUACUCCAGGGACGGUACUGGCAUCCCUGUGAUGGGCAGCCUGGCAGAGUUCUGGGAUAUGGUGUCCCAGGUGUCCAUGCUGUACAUGCUGCUCAGCCUGUGCGUGGGCUGGACUCUGAGCCGAGGCAGGAAGCCCCAGUCCCGGCCCCUGCAGUGGGAACGGUCCCCAGCCUCCACGGCCGUCGCCGUGGGGGGAGUGGUCACGCAGGGAGGGCUGCUGCUGUGGGAGCAGUACUCGGAGUCGGGCGGCGAGCACCACAGCUACCACGCCCAGCAGAGCCUGGCGGGCGUCCUCCUGCUGGUGCUGAGGGUGGGCCUCUCCCUGCUGCUGGCCUCCGUCCUCUACCAGAUCACCUCCACGGAGAGGAGCACCCUGAAGAGGGACUUCUACCUGUGCUUUGCCAAGGGCUGCUUCCUGUGGUUCCUCUGCCACCCCGUCCUCUUCCUCGCCUCCGCCGUCUUCAACGACCACCAGAGGGAGAAGGUCGUCACCAUCGGCGUCAUCCUCUGCCAGUCCAUCUCCAUGGUGAUCCUCUACCAGCUCUUCCUGUCUCGCUCGCUCUACUGGGAGGUGUCCUCCCUCUCCUCCGUCUCCUUGCCGCUCACCAUGUCCAGAACGAACCACAGGGGGCGCUUAUGAGCCUGGCUGCGGUCCCCCCGGAUUCUCCCCCUCCCCCUGCCGGAGGAGGUGCCCGGACGCCGCAGGAACGUGAGGGAGGACGGCAUUUACCGCAACGCACUAC